AUGUCAUCUAAACGAGGUUAUUUAGUUCAUUUUGCACGGAUAUUCUUCGCUAGUUUAUUACUUCUUGCGUGUUCAUCAUUGACGCAUGUCUGGAACGCAUAUCAGCCAUUGCACCUCGCCUUUCAGAUACAGCAAUGUCAAUUAGGUUUAUCGAAUCGAAAAGAUCUGUCCGCGAAUAUUUGGCCAUGGUUAACAAGUUUUCAACUAAGCAAAAUUUUGCCAACAUUUUCAUUUCUCUCAACGUCGAGCUCAUCGAAAUGUCUAUCUCAUAGUGAACUGACUUAUCCACUGAAUGUUCAUCAGUAUAUUGAAUGGGUUCGUUCGGUGAUAGCUGUGUAUCUUGUGUAUCAUCUAGUAUGUUUGUUCCUUUUUCAUGCACAAAUGAAGCGAUUGGAAGAGAAACAACGGUAUUAUGGCCGUCGUUAUCGACAAGAGGAAAAAGUCCGAUGUUCAAAACGUUUAUUGAAAACAUAA